UUCCGGCUUCAUCGCGGCUUGAAAACAAGUGACGUCUGGGCUAAGGGAGGAAGGUUCGUGUCUGAGCCUCUCCUACUUUUUUUUUUUCCUCCGUGUGUUCUGUGGUGUCACCUCCAUGGAUCUGGGCGAACUUUUGAAUGUGCUAUCUUCGUGUUGUUCAAGGUUUGAGUGGUGACUUUGGUCGUGACAGCUGCGCAAUGUUAGUAAUGUGAAGCCGCGACAUAUUCUAGGUGAAACGCGCGUAAUAAUGGCCUUUUCUAUACUUCAUAGCCUCCUAACUAGAGGAGGCGUUGGUGCAAUGGACGGCAUUCUGACACAGACUAGUGCAUCGACGGAUGUAAAACCGAGUGUUGAAGACUUGGUGGACCAAAAUCAUUAUGCGAACGAAGUUGCGGUAGACAUGAAGCCUUCUGUUGAUCACGGACAUUAUGCGAACGAUGUUACGACGGACGUUAAGCCGAACAUUGAGCAUGAGCAUGAUGCGAAUGAAUUUACGUCGGACGUGAAGCCGAGUGUUGAUCACGAACAUUAUGCGAAGGAAGUUACGGUGGACUUGAAGCCGUUAGUUGAUCACGGACAUUAUUCGAAUGAAGUUAUGACAUUGGUGGACAACAAGCCGAGUGAUGAUCAUGGGCUCCAUGGGAAUGAAGUUACGGAGGACGUGGAUCCGUCUCUUGAUCACGGACACUAUGCCAAUGAAGUUACAGUGGACUUGAAGCCGAUUGUUGAUCACAGGCAUAAUGCGAAUGAAGUUAUGGCAUUGGUGGACGAAAAGGCGAGUGUUGAUGAUGGACAUGAAUUGAGUACAGUUACUCUCUGUGAAGGUUCCAUUUCUGCGGAAUCCCGUGACCAGUACCAUUUGCUUGUGUCAGUAGAAGAUGGACUGCAUUCCUGCCGGCAGUGUGCAUAUACAACCAGGAUUAAGGCGAACAUGAAAGUACACCUUCGCCGACACACAGGGGAGCAUCCCUUCCAGUGUCACCUUUGCCCGGCUACUUUCACUGUGAAGUUCCGUCUCACACAGCACAUUCGCACCCAUACCGGGGAGCGUCCUUUCUCCUGCACCCAGUGCAAUUGGUCCUUUUCACUGAAACGAAGCCUGACGGAACACUUGCGCACCCACACAGGAGAACGUCCCUUUUGCUGUGUUCACUGCAGUAAAUCCUUUUCAAAAAAACGUAACCUGAAGCAGCACAUGUGCACCCACACAGGAGAGCGUCCUUUCUCCUGUCUCUUCUGCAAUGCAUCAUUUUCACGAAAGCCUGACCUCAGGGGACACCUACGCACCCACACUGGAGAGCGCCCAUUUUCCUGUGACCAAUGUGACGCAGCUUUUGGGCUGAGCCACGCCCUCAAGCAGCACAUGCGCACCCACACCGGCGAACGUCCUUUUUCCUGUGGCCGCUGUGAUGCCUCUUUUUCCCAUAGAAGCAACCUCAAGAUACACAUGCGAACCCACACAGGAGAGCGCCCUUACUCAUGUGUUCAUUGUGGUGCAUCCUUUAAACAGAAAACCAGCCUCGAAGACCACAUACAUUCCCACACAGGAGAGCGUCCAUAUUCCUGUAGCCAUUGCAAUGCAACUUUUUCACGGAGAAGUGUUCUCCGUCGCCACAUCUCCGGACUUCAUCCCAAUGAAGCCCAGAAGGGCAGGGGUGCCAGUAUUUCUAAUGUAGAGGUUACACAACUGAAUAAUUCUGCUAAAAGGUGAUCUUUUAUGAAACCCUUUAAUGAAGUGUGUCACGAAUUUGGGAUAUACCGGAAAACUCUGACCAAGCAAGUCACGAAAUGUGUGCCGCCUUUAAUGCCGGUUGUGAAGUACUCACAAGGAAGGUAGCUUUUAGCAGGAAAAAUCUAGCACAGCCUCGUGCAAAGAAUGUAAUGCUUAAAUUAGGUGUUAUUUGGCUGAUAGUGGAAAGCAUGGUGCAUGGGCAAUAUCUCUCACUUCAUUUUUUCUCGCCUGAGUGACGCAAGUUCAGUCUUGUUAUUUUGUGUGCGGUGUGUGUAUUUUUUGUGUGUAUGCAUGCCAGCAUGUCGCGAAUUCAUGUCAUGAAUUUGCGACAUGCCUAAAAGUAUGCAUUAAAGUUGAGUUUUAGAUGAUUUAGCUGCAAAAUGAAUGCAAGGUUGCUAUCCAGAGCUGAAAAUAAGCAAACAACUUUUUCUGUGGCAGUGUCAUAAUUCAGGAAUUAAAAGGCUAAGGUGCCUCGAAAA